UGUCUGCCCGGAAUGCCGAGGGAGGGAUGAGCGGAACCGCCCUCGCUGACCGGGCUGGCGAUGAGGGCAGCGCCGAGCGGGGCCGGGAGCGCGGCCGCGCGUGGCACCCGUUAAUUCCGUUGGGCCGAAUGAGCGCCGGGGCCGCGUCCGGCCGGUGCCCCCGAGCGCUGCCCGCCGGGGCGGGCUGUCCGUGUGUCGGGCUGUCCGUGCGUCCGCGCCGGUCCCGCCCCCCUCCACGGCCGGCACAACAAACCCGCCCCGUCCCGCCCGCGCCGUGCGGCUGUUGCGCGGAGCCGCCCCCGGCCGCGGGGGCCGGGCCGGGCGGCGCUGGCAGCGGGGCCCGGGCGGACAUGAGGACCGAGAUCUCCACGGCGGCCGCGUUCGUCACCCGCCUCCUGCGGGCCGCCGGCGGGGUCGGCGAGGAGCAGCUGCGGUGCUUCCGCGAGUGCCUGCAGGAGGCGAUGCGCGAGCACUACAGGCACCACUGGUUCCCCCUGGUGCCCUCCAAGGGCUCCGGCUACCGCUGCAUCAGGAUCAACCAUAAGAUGGACCCCUUGAUAGGAAAGGCGGCGGGGAUGAUCGGACUGAGCCACGAGAGGCUCUUCCAGCUCUUACCCAGCGAAUUAACGCUGUGGGUCGACCCUUUCGAAGUGUCCUAUCGCAUAGGUGAGGAUGGGUCUAUCUGUGUGCUGUACGAAAGCCCCCAGCCUGGGGGGAAGGCGGCCAAACAGCUGGAGAGCAGGACCAGCUGCAAGGAGGAGUGGAGGAUUGGCAGAUCCAGCCCUUCCAAGAGUUACAACAUGAUGACGGUUUCUAGUUAAAAACAACUCUUCCCUGUACGAUGUUGUAUGUAUCCCAACCUCAUGGUAAAGUUAGAUGUAACUGAGCUUUUUUUGUUUUUAAUUUUUUUUUUCACCCUAUAGUCAUUAAAGUCGUGGUAGUACUGCCAAGUUCUUUGUGGCCAAGGGCUAAAUGUAUAAAGCAGUUCUUUACACUGCAUGUUCCUUUCCGGGCUGUGUCCUGUAAAUGCACUGUACAGUUGGUGGAUUGUUUUACACAUUUAUAUUUUCAAAGAAGUUCUGCAUAUUUGUAAUAAAAAGCAAUAUUGUAGCACUCUUUAUGAUGGGUUUUAGUCAAAAGUAGUACUUGCUAAAAAACAAUCUCUAAUUUGCAGAGCAAUAACACAAAGGGGGGUGGGAAACAGAUCUAACAAACUGCACAUAAAUCUUUCCAGUGAUUUGUCUGCACAGACUUCUCUCAGGGUCAUUCAAGUUUGACUGUGAGGCACAAAUCACAGAAAUAACUCUUUAUUUUUCCUUCUUCAAAGCAUGCAUUUUUUUGUGGGCUGGGUUCCAUCACACCCCAAUAUUUUAGCAAAAAGAAAUGGGGAAUUAGUUGUCUAGUUAUUUCUAGUUAUGGGAGUAGAAAAAUAAAGACUUGCUUAAAAUGCCUCUGACUUUUUUGGUGGUGUGCUUUUUUUUGUUUGUUUAGGGCUUUUUUGUUUGUUUUUGGGUUUUUCCCCCCAGGCAUUUAACAUUGCUCUUAAAGCUUGUUUUGUCUAUUUCUAAUAAUUGCAGAAAGCUUUGUAGUUAAAGAGGUGUAGCAGUGAACACCCAUCUUUAUUUCAGAUCACAACAAACACUGAGUUUUGGGAAAGCUUGCUGGCUGCCUGUCUUCAGCUGAAUAAUCUGGGGAGAGCUGGGUGGGUGUUUUUGGUACUGAAUGGAAGCAAAAGUACUCUUCUAAUAUUUGAUCUAUUACAGAAAAAAAAAGCUUGAGUUUAGAAGGAAAUGGAGUUUGGGUUUAAAACUGCAGCUUGCACCAUGUAGGAAGCUGGAGUGAAAAUUAUCAUCAAUGCUGUAACUGCCUUGGCUUUUCUGGAACGUAAAUCCUGCUGUUUCUCGCUUUGAGUUCCUUAUUUUUGUCAGAGUCUCUAAUACCAGUUGGGCACAAGUUUUGGUGAAGGUAUCAAACACAGUAGGUUUGAUGUAAUAACAAAUCUUUGUGUUGCUGGUUUAUGUGGAUACUCUGAGUGUUGAUAUCCCAGUAAAGGAUCUGAUUUACAGAUAUUGUGAUUCCUAUUCUAAGGAGCAGUGGUUUCUAAUUCAGCCAUAGAAGGCUGCCUGGCAUUGCUGAUUUCUGAAGCCUGGUGUUGGAGCACAGUUGAACACUUGAUGAAAGGGAGCUUUGUCUGGUGUGAGCAUGUCAGCAAAAAACCCCUCCUUGGGCUAUGUCAAUACCGUGGUAGAACAGAGUGAGGGAAGGGGCAAGUCUGGGCAAACUGGAAAGGGCAGAACUCCAGCUCACAAAGAGGUUUUUUCUUUGUUUGCCUUAGAAAAAGCUGUGGCUUGCUUCUUGCUGUUUGCUUAUUAUCUUGGAGGCAGGCUUGUCUAGAGGUAUUUGUUUAAUCUGGGGGAAAUGUAUAGUGCCAUUUUCUUAGUAAUUAAAACUCUGUAAAAAUU